AUGCCAUUCAAAGUAGAAGGGGUAUUAGAUACUUACUUUUGCUUUCUGCUUUUGUUACUUAUAGUCCCUGACAUACAAGAUGUCUACACUCCGCUCGAAAAUGAUGUUGUAGAACUUUUGCCGCCAACAUUUAGAGCUAUUGCUAGAAAAGCAAGCAAAAACCUUCACAUCAACAUUCUGCAUUCAUAUCGCAAGUUCUGCGCAUCAGCUUCUGCUUCUGGACAGCUUAUUCUUCCUGAGGCACUUAAAUUGUUACCUUUGUACACACUUGGUUUACUCAAAAGCUGUAGAUUGCGAGCUGAUCGAAGAGUUGAUGAUAGGAUGAUAGCUAUUCACAACCUUGAUGAGAAGUAUGUACUGCAGCAAUAUGAUAAUCCAUUGUCAAAGAGGCUGAACGGCCUUAUCGAUGAGAUAAGGCGUCAGAGAUGUUCCUACUUACGCUUAAAAUUGUGCAGAAAAGGAGAUCCAUCAGGUUAG